AUGAGUAAAAUAUUAUCAUUGAGAUUAUUAAAUUCAUCAGUUGUAAAUAAUAAUUUUUUUUAUAAAAAUAUAAUGACAAGUUCAGCAGUGAGAGCUAAAAAGCUCCUCGAGGGAUUAAAAGACAAUCCUUAUUUCGACAAGUAUGCUGGAGCUAUUGCCAAGUUGCAGCAAACAAAUCCAGAUGAAUUUAUAUCGAGAAUUGAAGAAACUGAAAAAAAGAAACGUCCAUCAAAGUCAAAGGAAUCAGCAGCAAAGAUUAAUAAAGAAGCAAGUGCCAAGCCGUCACUGUCAUCGGAUUUAAAACAAACCAAGGUGUCACGUUUGUCGGACGUUAUGAAGCUGGAGUUACUUGAGGACAAAGGCAAGCAGGAAAUUACAGAUAUCUGGUUAAAUUAUCACAAACAAAAGGACUGUAUUUGUGGGGUAAUGGAGCCAGAAACAUUUGACUUAAUGUUUGAAAGAGGAUCCCAGUAUCCGACAUUUAUUUUACCAUUGCCGCGUGAAAACGGCUACGAGUUUAUUUUAAGUCAAUUUUCUGGAAAUGAAAUUCACAUGACACCCUUGCUUUGGUAUCAAACUCACCAAGAAAAUGCUCCCGAGUGUUUGACUAUUGUACACUACACCGAUUUACGUGAUUAUAAAGGAAUAGUAUUGAUGAAGGGUGAAUUUGACAGUAAAACCAUCAACGUACAGGAGGCACAGUGUCUCGCAAAUGAAUUACAACUGUAUUACGCUAAAGACAAUCCCGAACGUUUAAAAUUACUCGAGACAUUUACUAAACACCCUGAUCAAUUUAAACACAUGGAUUUAGUUAAACAACAAGUAUUUUAUUAUCAUCAUUAUUAUUAUUCCUUUACAGCAAGUAAAUUAAUGACUCCACUGAUGAGAUCGGUGUCCAAUAAUAAAUCAUGGAUCAAUAAAACAUUCACGAGGACAUAUGUUGAUUAUCGCCCGAAAAAUGUUUAUCUAACAACUCCUAUAUUCUACGUAAACGCUGGACCACACAUUGGACAUCUUUACACAGCUAGUCUGGCAGAUGCAUUAGCACGGUACAACAGAAUGUUGGGACAUCAGGUGUUUUUGAGUACUGGAACCGACGAACACGGCAAUAAAGUUUCUGAUGCUGCGAAUGCUAAUAAUUUAUCUCCUCAAAAUUAUACAGACAAAAUAUCUGGAUUAUUUAAAGAUAUGUGUGAUAAUUUUGAUAUUUCAUACUCGAAUUUUAUACGGACGACAGACUUGAGGCAUCAUCAAGCUGUUAAUCAUUUUUGGACUACGCUUAAAGAAAAUGGGCACUUGUACUUGGGAAAAUAUUCCGGGUGGUACUGCGUAUCCGACGAAGCUUUUGUUCCAGAGUCCGAGUUGUUGGAAAAAGUAUCAAACGGUAAAACAAUAAAAGUAUCUGCGGCCUCGGGUAAUCUCGUUCAAUGGAUGGAAGAAGAUAAUUAUAAAUUUAAACUUAGUUCAAUGCAGGAUGAUCUCAAGUACUGGUUAAAAAAUGUCAAGGCUGUUGAACCAAUAAAAUUUCACAAAAUUUUGACGUCCUGGAUCGAGGAAGGAAGUUGUUUAGAGGACUUGAGUGUUUCUCGACCAGUCUCAAGAGCACCCUGGGGCAUUAAAGUCCCCAACGAUAAUUCUCAUACAAUUUACGUUUGGUUAGACGCACUAGUUAGCUACUUAACUUCACUAGGUUAUCCAAAAAAUCAAGAGUUUGCUAAAUUUUGGCCACCAACAGUCCAAAUAAUUGGAAAAGACAUUUUAAAAUUCCACGGCGUGUAUUGGCCAGCAUUCAGCAUGGCAGCUGGUUUAGACCCACCGAGAACUCUCCUCUGUCACUCUCACUGGACAGUUGAUGAUGAAAAAAUCUCCAAAUCAAAAGGAAAUGUCGUGUCACCUUCAGAGGCUGCUAAUAAAUUAUUUACUGCUGACGGGUUGAGAUAUUUUCUUCUACGAGAAGCUGUACCACACAGUGAUGCAAACUACAGUGAGGAUAAAAUAAGAAAGAUAUUAAACGCUGAAUUGGCAGACACACUAGGAAAUUUAGUGAGCAGGUGUAUGGGAAAAGCAUUGAAUCCUGGUAAAAUAAUUCCCGAGCCUUGUGUGCGUCACGCAGAAACACUUGGCUCGGAUGAAGCAUUAAAAUUAGUAGAAAGUCUUGAAAAUCUAUCUUCAGUAGCUCACAAUCAUUACAACAAUUUUAAUCUUCAUUCAGUUGUUGACACUGUUAUGCAGUCAUUAUUUUUGGCUAAUAAAAUGAUUGAUCACGACAAACCGUGGACGCUGGCAAAACAGACUGAUAAUCCAGAAGCUCAAAAGAAACUCGAGAGUGUAUUAGCUCUCGGUCUUGAAGCUGCUAGACUCGGAUCAUUAAUUUUAACGCCAAUUAUUCCGCAAUUAACAUCUCACCUUCUUGAUUUCCUAAAUGUACCUUCCAAUGCACGAAUGUGGGAUAAUACUAAGUAUUUAAAUACUGGCCGGAAUGACCAAAUAAAUACACCAAAGCAAGAUUACGCGUUCUUUAAAAAAUUACGAUAG